AUGUCGGAAAUAGACAUUGAGAAUCUAGCUUAUGUCGAUAUACAGCACGAUGCUCUAGCUGUAUUUGACGAUAUAGAACAAGGGGUGGUCCUAUCUGAAGAUAUCUGGGUAUUAGGUUACAAAGCGGGCGAAUCUUCCGUACAUGGUAAAGCGAAGAUUACAUUUAGAGAGGGUGGUGGAUCGGAUAUAACAUCCAGGGAAGGUGUGAAGGUUGAAAGGUCUACAUCGUCAAAGACCAACUUUAACGUUUCUAUACCGAAAUUGAACAUCGACACGCGUACAGUCAAGUAUCCAAAACAUAUCAUUCAUCCACCCUAUAAGAAGUCAUCAAAUUUGGAUGCUCCACUUCACAUCAACUCACUUUCACUCAACCCUAAAUCACCUCAUGUAGUGAUAGGUGGACCGGAUGGGUACUGUGUGAUCUUACCUACUUCACUUAACAGUACGGAGAAAGAGGUACAGCUUAAAGGGCAUGUAGGAGAUGUGAGGGAUGUAAAGUGGUUCCCUAGUGGAGAGGUGAUUUUAACGGCUUCUUCAGAUUUGUCAAUAAGGAUAUACGGUCGAGAAGGUAUAAACCCCCGUAUACUCUGUGGACAUACUCGAGCAAUCACUUCGACUUGUAUAUUAGGAGUGGGUAAACAGAUCUUAUCGGCAAGUAAAGAUGGUACGAUCCGUUUAUGGGAUAUAGGCAAGGGAGAAGAAGUUAAGAGAUGGUUGAUAGGUUUGGAAAGUAGGAUGACCAUCGAAGGGAUGAUCGUCAUUGAGGAUCCUCAGUCAUUGCAGUCGUUAGGGUUAGGUCCGGAAGAGGGAGGAGAAAGAGUGAUGAUUUUGAAUGUACAGGAAGGAAUUUGGAUUCAACCUUUCUCUUCGACCGAAAAAGGAAGUGGAUGGUUUAUCAGAAAUGAUUUGAAUAGUCAAUUGAUAUCGAUGGAUCAGAGAGAAGGUGUAGUCGUCCUGGGAUAUAUGAAUGGGGUCAUUGAAAUUAUAGAUCUGGUUAGAUUACGAAAACCUUCGACUACAAAAGAAGAAGGAAAAGUGGGUGUGGGCAGGAUAAAAAGGAUAAAGAGAAAUGAAUCUCCAAUAUACAGCUUGUACCUCACGUCAACAUCAACAGGAGGUAACCAUGAGGUGUAUCUGUAUGUGGGUACUUCAUCUGGAUUACCUUGUUUGCUUGGUAUAACAAUACGAGAAGAUCGAUUUGAAGUAGAGACGAAAGAGGAAUUGGCAGGUUGGGAAGCGACAGGCAUUGAAUGUUGGGGUAAGGUAGGGGAUAAUGUGUGGUGUGCGGGAGGUGAAGGUGGUUUGAGAAGGUAUUGA